UCAACACGUGGUCGCCAUCUUGGAUUUAGUCGCCGGUCAAAUUCAGUUACAAAUUACGUAAACAUGGACCCCAAAAACGUUAAAGACUUCGCAGAACGAAUGAAAAAGACAGGUCGAGGUGCCGGUCUUGGUGGAACCGCUCUUGCAGUGAUUGCCGGCGUUGGUUAUGCGAUGUCAAAGUCAUUUUAUACAGUGGAUGGUGGUCACAGAGCAAUUAUAUUCAGCAGAAUUGGUGGAGUACAGAAGGAUAUCUACAGAGAAGGAUUACACUUCAGGGUUCCCUGGUUCCAGUGGCCCAUCAUAUAUGACAUUCGUUCAAAACCAAGAAAGUUGAGCUCCGUUUCUGGAAGUAAAGAUUUGCAGAUGGUUAACCUGUCUCUGAGAGUUUUGGCAAGGCCUGAUGAACGCCUUCUGCCCGAGAUGUACCAGGAACUUGGGCUUGACUAUGAUGAGCGUGUGCUGCCUUCUAUUUGUAAUGAGGUAUUGAAAAGCGUAGUAGCAAAGUUCAACGCAUCACAGCUGAUCACAAUGAGACAACAGGUGUCCCUGAUGAUCCGUAAUGAUCUCGUCGAGCGGGCCAGAGAUUUCCACAUCAUCCUAGACGACGUGUCAAUUACUGACCUCACCUUCAGCAAGCAAUAUGCUAUGGCUGUGGAGUCGAAACAGGUAGCCCAGCAGGACGCCCAGCGAGCGACGUUCUACGUUGAUCAAGCCAUUCAGGAGAAACAACAGAAAAUUGUACAGGCAUCUGGAGAGGCUACUUCUGCCAAACUUAUAGGCAAUGCCAUGAGCACAAACCCUGGAUACCUGAAGUUGAGGAAAAUCAGAGCCGCACAGAACAUCGCUAGAACACUUGCCCAAUCCAACAACAGGAUCUACCUGAAUGCUGGAACCCUGAUGUUGAAUAUACAAGAUGAAGAAUUUGACAGAUCUAGUGAACGGUUAGCAGCAGUCAACAAGAGAAGAUAAACAUUUUGUAGAAGGGGAGAUGAUUUUUCCACUGUGUGCUUCAUGCAUAUAAAGCAUUGUAUUGAGAAAAUGUUUAUGUGGCCCAUUCACUGAAAUUAGGAUCUAAUCGUUAAGCUACAUGUGGCUGUAAUGAUACUUGUACUAGAUUUAGAAUUGUCAUAUUCGGUGCAUUCUGAAUAAUUUGGUUGUUUUUUAUCACAGUGGUUCUAAUCAUGUGAUAAGAUCUUUGCUAAAGUUCUGGGGGCUGUUUCAAUAAAGGAUUUUAGUCGUAACUUCAAUUCUCUUAAACCUGUAUAAAGAUUAACAAUACAUGUACAUCAAUUAUUUUUACUUACUCAAUUUGGUGUUCAUUUUCAAUGCUGACUCGAGUUCAAUUCACUCAAAUAUGUAAUAAAAUAAUGAAACUAUGACACUAAGAUAAUUUCAAUUUACGAUAAAAAUCUUUAUUGAAACGCACCCCUGUUUCCAAGUUACAUGUAUAUUAAGAUUAAUCAUGUGAAUUUUUGCUAUCUUGACACAGUUGCCACUGGAUGUGCUUUGAAUCAGUUCUAGCAAGUUAGUUAGCUGGUGAUACUUUAAUACCUUAUUUUGUAUAAAAAAGAAGAACAACAACAGGUCUCCACUGUAUAAAUGUGUUUUUUGAUGCGUUUUGUAUAUUACUGAAAUAGUAAAUGAUAUUUGGUAAAUCAA